AUGACCGUGUCUGAAAUCCCGUUCUACGACUGCAUCGUCCUCAAUGGCACCGUAGUGACCGCCGCAGAUAUCGGCCGCUACGAUCUGGCCAUCAAGGAUGGGAAGAUCAUGCUGCUUGCGCCGGCGGGCCAUCUCGCCAGGACUUCGGCAACGCGUGUGAUUGAUGCAGAGGGUGCCUAUGUGAUGCCCGGAGGCAUCGACGCUCAUGUGCAUCUUGCAGAGCCUCCCCUGUUUGGAAAAGGCCGCACUGCCGAUGACUAUACAACCGGCACAAGAUCUGCUGUCGCCGGAGGAACAACUACUAUUGUCAGCUUUGCGCCGCAGGAGAAGUCGGAAUCAUCACUGCUGGACGUGCUCAACACAACAGCCGAGAAGGCGGCAGACCAGGCAUACUGCGACUACUCAUUCCAUCUGCUCAUCUCGAAUCCAACGGCCCAGGCCCUCGACGAAUUUACUGCGCUCCGCGAGCGCGGCAUAUCCUCGAUUAAAAUCUAUAUGACAUACGAGGCACUCCAGUUACGGGAUAACCAGAUCCUGGAUGUGCUCCUCCGAGCCCGUGAGACGGGAAUCACGACCAUGAUCCACGCUGAAAACGGGGACGUCCUGAGUUGGAUGACCAAGCAAUUGGAGGAUCGCAAACUCCUGGCGCCCAAAUACCACGCUACUUCCCGACCCCAGAUUCUGGAGAGCGAGGCCACCAACCGAGCGAUUGCGCUGGGCGAGUUGAUUGAUACCCCCAUCUUAAUCGUCCACGUGUCUUCCCCCUCUGCUGCUCAGGUCAUCCGGCAAGCGCAGACCAAAGGCCUGCCCGUCUAUGCUGAAACUUGCCCACAAUAUCUUUUCCUCACCCGGGAUGACCUCGAUAAGCCUGGUUUCGAGGGUGCCAAAUGCGUCUGCUCGCCUCCGCCGCGCCAAGGUCCCGAAGACCACGAGGCGAUCUGGGCCGGUUUGAAGAAUGGAACCUUCACCAUCCUCUCGUCCGACCAUUGUCCAUUCAUCUAUGACGAUGCCGAAAGUGGCAAGAAGGCUGCCAUCACCCCGGAGUUCCCGGAAGGCCAUUUCAAAUAUAUCCCCAACGGCUGCCCGGGUGUCGAAACGCGUCUAGCGCUCACUAUGAGCGCCGAUCGCCUGACUCCGCAGAAAUUUGUCGAACUGACUAGUGCCAAUCCUGCUAAGCUCUACGGGCUUUAUCCCCGGAAAGGUGCCCUGAUUCCCGGCCUGUCUGAUGCUGACUUGGUCAUUUGGUAUCCGUCGGAUACCUUGGAGCCAUUUCCGAUCACAAAUUCUGCACUGCACCACAAUGUCGAUUACACGCCGUAUGAAGCGAGGAUGAUUUCGCAAUGGCCACGAUAUACAUUGAUCAGAGGAGAGGUGGUGUGGGAUCGAGAUAAUGGAGGUGUUGUCGGAAGAAAGGGGUAUGGUCAAUUCAUAAAGAGAGACCGCAGCUCUCUAACAAACAGCAAUCCUUCACCUUGGACGGUAGAGAGCUUUUAG